AUGACCAACCUGCCAAAGGAUGCUGUAGCAUCUUCCCGGUAUUGCGCCGAACUCUCGGUCAGAUCCUCCACAGUCCGGGGUAACAACACCCCUCUCUUCCACUUUUUGGACCUCGUCAUAAUCACUUUCAGCGAAUAUUUCGUUGGCUGCUUGAAAAGGAGCCACGGGAUGCCCCUAGAUGGCACCUAUGCCUUAGAAAUGGCAUGCGCAACUUGCCGAGCACGCAAAAUCAAGUGCGAUCGAACCCUCCCAAUCUGCCAGAACUGCAAACUUCGAUCGAGUCAUUGUACAUACGCCGGCGAACGGCGGAAGCGGCGGUGGACGAACAGUGGAAUAGAGGAUGCACGGAUCUUCGUUUCAUUCGAUGGCAAUCGUGCUGUACGCCACAGAGAUACACGACCUGAAGAGACCGACAUCCAAGAGAUGCCGGCUCUCCUGGAGUCGAUCGACGACGGCCCGAAUCAGACUGAAGAAAACGAACAGGUCAUUGUUGUGGCCCACGCCGAUGGAACCAGAGAUGGAUCCCACUGUGCUCCUCAUGCCGAAGAGGCCAGUGUAGAUCAGCGUUUCCAACCGCCGUUCAACAUCAAUGUUGAUUCGAAUAGGCAACUUUUGAAGGUUGACCACGCAGGCGGCCUCUUGGACGACAUACUGAGCGGAAAUUCCACCGACAGCUUCCAUAAUCGGCACCCGGCUGUAUGGAUGAGAACCGAUGAAGGAGACGAGUAUACUGGACCCUCGUCUGGCAUAGCAACCAUCUCCGACCUCGGAUUGAAUUGGAUACGAGACCACAUCCCAGGCUCACACACACUCUGCAGCACUAUUCUGGAUAUUCGAAAUAGUGUCUUGAGUCACCUAAGACAGCCAAAGUGUGUGCGCUUCGGACCGUGCUCCUCACCAGGUGCACCACUCUCGUUGAAAGCCAUUUCACCCCCGGACAUUAGGAAAUAUGUGGAAGCCUACUUCUCGACUGUACAAAUCAUCUUCCCAAUAUUGGACCGAGCCGAUUUCGAAACCCAACUUGCGACAUAUGGUACGGAGCCUGGUGAAGGGAGCUUUUCUUGGAAGGCGUUGUUGAACGCGGUGCUGGCCUCCGGCUGUCGAGCUGCCCUCUCUGAUGAAACUGCCGAGGCAUUUCAGGUGUCUGGUCGCGAGGCUUGGGACUAUUUUCAAAACGCCUUGUACUAUGAGUCGAAGAUGAUUCAUGCCGAAACAGACCUGCUAGCGGUGAAAGCACUGGCCGUGAUGACGGUCUUUGCUCAAGGAAUGUCGAGUCCCCAACGACUUGAGUACACGCUGUCUUCGGCGGCCUCGCGACUGGCCCAAAGUCUCGCACUGAAUCAUCGUCCGCCGCCAGAAUGGGCGUUAACGGAGAGUGAGCAACGAGAACGAAACCGAAUAUUUUGGGUGGUGUACUGCCUCGACAAAACAAUUGCUCUCCGCUGCGGCCGCCCUCCUGUCAUUCACGAUGACGAAAUCAGCUGCUCGUUCCCUCAUGGCCUACAGGUGGUCCAAGGAGGAGAUUUGGGCACGGAGACGACGGCUCAUGGCCAGUCAUUUGACUUUUUCCUAUGUCUUACGAAACUUGCUCGGAUAUGUGGCGCAAUCACACAUGAGCUUUACUCUGCUUCAGCGUUGCAUUCACCCUCAUCUCAACUUUACGCAAAAUCAACCAAAAUACUAAGUGACGUGGAAUCAUGGAGACACAGCCUUCCAACUGAAAUACAACCCGGGAAACCAUUUGGUAGGGUUUGUGGGAUUGCUGGACCGUCACGUACACAACUUCUUGUUCUACAUUAUUCCUAUUAUUAUGUCCUAUGCGCUAUUUACCGACGAUUUACACCCAUGUUCACACAGGGUGAGAAGGAAGCAGGGAACCCUGUUUCUGAAUCGGCAAACAUAAGUCACAUAGAAGCAGCGAGGUCGAUGGUGCUUCUCACAAGGUACCUUGAUAUUGAAAGCUUUACUCCGGGAUGGUUGAUGUUUUAUUAUCCAUUCACCGCUCUUACUACGAUUUUCAUGCAUGUUGUAUGCAGCCCGCCCGAUGACUCUAUUCAAAAUGACAUUGCCCUCAUGGAAGUCAUAGUCGGCUUCUUCGGUCGCUUGGAGUACAUCACAUCAGGGGAGGCUGCUUUCACCAAAACGACUGAAUUUGUCCGCCAAGCACGAAGCGUUCUGAGGACGUCUUCAACGCCCACAGGCCCUCACUCACAAGGUUCCGGCCCCGAUCAUAACCAUCGCAGGCAAUGUCGCGCCCUAUCUUUGGAGCGCCAGACGAAUACCGACGAGUCCAUGGGUGUUCCAGCCAAUUACAAUGACGAAGCGGGAGGAUCUCACCAAAUUUUGCCGAGGCCUAGUAUGGAACUUUCCGCUCCUGCGAUAUCUGAGGCUGUUACCGCGAAUCUUCAGUUGCAGGGGAACCAUCGAUCUAGUUCGCCUGAUUCAUACUUCACAAAUAUAGCAGGCAUAUUAGCAUUGCCUUCGGGAGAGAUAUCUGAUGAGCAUUGGCUCGGAGAUUGGAUAUCGGCUAGUCAAAAUGCCCAUCCAGUCUCAUGAGAGGAGAUUUUAUGCCGAAGAAAAUACUGUAUUAUACAAGCACAAAGCAAACGAGAUCAAACCCCAGUGUAUCGUAGAGUAUCGGGAUUUGACCCGGUUUCAAAUAUCAUGUGCCGACGCCAACGGGUCGAAUGAC